AAAGUGGCCGUUUUCGAUUAUGAAUUAUCUGUUUAUGAACAUACAAUAGAACUUAUUAUAAAUUGUACUAGUAUUCCGAAUGUGUACAGAUUUUGAGGGUUGCCCUAACGUUCAGAUUGUUGUUGCUGUAACGCCAAAAAAUGGAAUUGGCCUAAAAAAUAAUCUCCCGUGGCCACAUAUAAAGAAAGAUUUUCUAUUUCUUUCUAGAAUCACUAAUUACAUUGAGCAUGAGGUGAAGAAGAAAGAUCAAAAUCUUCAGAACGUUGUUAUUUUUGGGCGUAACACAUACUUUAGCUUACCACCUUCAGCUGCCCCUCUAAAGAAUAGAAUAAACGUUGUUAUAAGUAAGACAGUGAGAGAAAUUCCUGGUGUUCUUGUCUAUGAAACACUUCCCCUCGCAUUAAAGAAAAUUCAGGAGGAGGUAAAAUAUAACAAGAUUUUCAUUCUAGGUGGAAGUUACCUCUAUAAAGAGGCCAUUGAUUCUGGAUUGUGUGAAAAAAUUUAUCUUACUCGUAUUGCGAAAAACUAUGAAGCUGAUGUCUUUUUCCCACAACUUCCAGAUUCUUAUGAGAUAGUUGGAAUAAGCAAAACGUUUGGUACUGAUGAUACUACUUUUGAUUUCGUGAUUUAUGAGAAGAAAAAUGUAAAUAAGGAAAGCGAACUUCCUGAUUUGGACAAGUUGAUCCUAACAGGAGAAAAAUUGACUGUUGAAACUCCUUUAUAUAAGGCUUGUCCUAGUUUAAAGAUUCGAUAUAAUCAAGAGCUUCAAUAUUUAGACAUACUUGCUGAUAUUUUAAACAAUGGUACAGAAAAACCAAAUAGAACUGGAAUUAAUUCUAUUGCUAAGUUUGGUUACCAAAUGCGUUUUGAUCUUUCUGAAUCAUUCCCACUAUUAACAACAAAAAAGGUUUUCCUGAGAGGUAUAAUCGAGGAGCUUAUUUGGUUUAUUCGUGGAAGUACCAAUGGAAAUGAGUUAUUGGAGAAAAAUGUGAGAAUAUGGGAGUUAAAUGGUGCCAGAGAGUUCUUAGACAACCUAGGAUUUGUCGAUAGGGAAGAGCAUGAUUUGGGCCCUGUUUAUGGAUUUCAAUGGCGUCAUUUUGGUGCAAAAUACGUAAACAUGCAUACCGACUAUACGGGUCAAGGAAUAGACCAAUUGAGUAUUGUAAUUGAUAGAAUCAAGAACAAUCCCAAUGACAGAAGGUUGAUAGUUUGCUCAUGGAACGUUUCAGAUUUGUCAAAGAUGGCACUACCACCAUGUCACCUGUUAUUUCAAUUUUUUGUGGCAGACGGCCGUUUGUCAUGUAUGAUGCAUCAAAGAUCUUGUGAUAUGGGUUUGGGUGUACCAUUUAAUAUUGCAUCCUACGCGCUAUUAACAUGCAUGAUGGCACAGAUUUGUGAACUUAAACCAGGGGAGUUCGUACACAAUUUGGGAGAUGCACAUAUAUACUCCAACCAUAUUGAUGCAAUGAAGGAACAGAUAAGUAGAAUACCAUAUCCAUUUCCUACGUUGAGGUUAAACAAAGAUAUAACGAGAAUAGAAGACUUCACACUUGAAGAUGUUAAAGUAGAAAACUAUUUGUCUCAUCCAGCCAUUAAAAUGGAUAUGGCUGCAUAA